GUAUUAUCAAAGGGUGCGCUACUUUUCUAACGUGGUUUACCAGGUGUCUGUGGACGUACCAUUCUAACUAGGUGGCGACGCUGCACUUAAACCACUAAAUCCAAAACGUGUUUGUAAAUCUAUUGAUUUUCGUCUGAUAUUUUUGUUCUAGCUACAAGCAUCUCUUUUCCUAACACGUUUUCAAGGCUACAGGUAACUUUAUUGAGGCUUGCAGUGACAGUGAAUGCUGCGUUCCUCCUUGUGCUACGUACGUUUAGUAACAACACCUAAACGGUUCUUAAAACAUAAACGCCCUGGAGAUAAGAUGAUUCCACCACCACACUCCAUAUCAUUAACCGUUGUUGGCAAUGGACGUGCUGGUUCCUCGAAAUCGAUGCUCAUUGACACAGGGGUAUGUCGUUAUUUGGUCAACUGUGGUGAGUCAACGCAAAGAGUCUUGGCAGAAUAUCGGUAAUGAUGCCCUUAGUUUACUUAAUAUUAGAAUGAAAACUUCGCGCAUACAACAUGUCUUUCUUACGCGUAUGUCUUGGGAUUGCACUUCUGGAUUACUAGGUUAGUACAAAUGCUAGUUGUACAUAUUUUGAGGUGUGGCAUUGACUGCAAAGGCCGCAGGAGUUAAGAAGUUAACUAUACAUGGACCCACAGAACUAGUGAGUUAUCCACCAUACAAAAUAUAUUGUAUUAGCAAAAUAUGCACUUUCAAUGUUAUUACGAAAUAUCUAUCAGGUAGCAGGUAUUGAAAAUUUAAGUGCGAAUAAAAGUAAUAUUAGGAUAUCUUUUACAAACAGCGGUCGUUUUCGUCGCUCAGAUAUCAUUCUGUACGAUGUUAAAUAUUUUCAGCUAAUUCUCUUUACCGUUAGUUGAUUCAUAUAUGAUAAUCAGCAAAGCUCUAUUUCAUAACUAGGGAACAUAACUAAUUGUUAGUGAUGGUAAAUGUUCUUGUUCUAUUAUUUCACGAAGGGGUUAACUGUUUUUGCUACUAACGUUCGACAUUGUCUAAUAUCCAUAUUCACCGAAGCAGUUACAUUCAUUUGCAACUAUUCCUUAUAAUGCUUUCUAAAAUUUUCCUGUUCUUGUUCUCACCUUAAUUUUGUAUACAAAUGGUGUAUCCACUUUAAGUUGUGUUUUUAAAGAUAUCUAUUUAGAAACUAAUUAGAUGUUUAAAUUUGGAAAAUCACCUCUUAUUAGAAAAGUCGUUAGGCUAACUAACCUAAAUGAAUCUUCACUUUGCAUAGACGCUUGGAUAUGUCUGCUAAAGAAGCUAAUAUUAAUCCUGCCUGCAAAUGGUUCUAUCCUAUGUCUAAAAGUUGUUUUAGAAGCAAAGCCAUUUAAUCCUUUUACCGUUAUACAGUAGCAUGAAAAAUAAUCGAUCACAGAAUAUGGGGAAACGUUAAAAACUCAUUCUUGUUUCUAUUAAGUAAAAGGGACUAGAUUAUUGUAAUUGUGUAAAGGAAGAUUAUUCUCGUCAUUAUUAUUAUUCUGGAUAAAACGUUUUGCUCAAAUCAAAGGCAAUCUCAAAAGUAUUUUGGAGGUUGUCCUUGUAAACUUGAAGAAGCUAUCUGACAGUGUUAAUGCAAUCCAUCGGUUAUAAUUACUAGUAAGGUGGUCAUAUAUGUGUUAUGUUCUAUUAUAUUGCUUUGUUAAUAUUCCUAGACGUUCGUAUUAUGCAAUAGAGACUAAGUAUUUUAAAUAUUUUACACUCAUCUAUCGGACCAUUAGUGCAAAGACUAACUCACUUCCGUUUUCAAAUGUCUGGGCAUUGUCUGAAACAGUUAUAACCCAAAGCCUGGCACAGAAGUCUGUUCUUAGUAAUUGAAAGGGAUUCCUUCUCUCUCAUUGUUUCUAUCGUGAUUCAAUACUAAGUUUUCUAUUUACUUCGUAAAGAGGGAUAGUUUAUCUGCUUACUCAAGCCAAACACAACAAUCAGCUCUAGACCUUUGUGUUCGAUAGAUUACCUUCAGUAUUAUGAAUAAUAGUUAUGCAAACACCUAACAUUUGAUCCUAAAAUCCUAGGUCUUGAAAUAUAUCUAAAUUCGUACGUCUGUUAUAGUUCUGUGUCAAAAAUAUAUUAUUUGUGUUUGAUUUCUUGUCUACCAAGUUUUGAUCUUUAUUGCAUAUUUAAUGAUUAGUAAUUUCUUUUUAUAAUGAUGCUUAAGCAGUCCUUACAAAUUUACAAAUCUAAAUCGUUAUGAGGUCAUUUUAGAUGAUAACUUACAAGUUUCCAGGUCAAUUAGGAUCCCUUUACUUCAUGCACAUUAUUUGCAUUUAAACUUUUUUUAUGCCCUUAGGAACAUCUGAUGCAAUUGACUCGUCCGUUUACUGAUUGUAAAACAACCGAUAUCGGUAAGUUUUUUCAUGCUCUUUAAUCAAAUAGCCCUCUUUUAUGAUCAUAAGCUCACUCUUCCAUUAAUCAUCUAGCUGCAUCUUAGCUAGUUCUUUGCUUACUUUUUUAAAUCGACUCAAUUUGGUGUUUUCUCUUCGUUUCAGUCAUGAGUGAGAUUCAUGAGAAGUAUUACACUGAUGAUGCAUUUCGCGUACAAUCUUUCCAAAUAUUCAAGCCAACAAACGUAAAUGAAGAACCAGUCUACAAACGACGAAAAGAAAAUCUGGGUAGUGUAUCAGAAUCUAGUGUUUUUAUAUACUACUUCCAGCCAUUUCGUACACGUCGUAAGUUGAUCAUGUCAAAGUUCAAUGAAGCAUGUAUACCAGCAUCUGUUCUAAAAUCCGGGGAAAUACAAGCUGUUAUAAAUGGAGAAAAUUUAAUUUUAAGUGAUGGACGUAUAAUAUCUCCGGAUGAAGUAACUGUGCCAUCACCACCAUCAAAAAAUAUGCUUUUCGUCGACUGUCCGAAUUCUGAUUACAUUCCUGCAUUUAUAUCCAAUGAACACUUUUUCAAUUCUAUUCAAGCCGAGGAGCCUAGUGAAAAUCUAACCUCUGGUGUAUCCUUAGUUGUUCAUUUUACACCACCAGGCAUGUUCUAUUCAAACGAGUAUCAGAAAUUUGUACAGAAGUUGGAAGAGUGUGCAUUGCAAAAAUCUGAUACAAAGGAUCCAACUACAACACUGAAACAUUUGGUUCUUGAUGGCACUGGUUUUGUAACUGAUCGUGUUGGUAUGUAUUCUCAAACAUUCAUCCUAAAUCGAUUUUUCGACUCAAAGGUCUACCCACUGCUUUUCGAUAUGGCAGAUUCUGAUACUGUUUCUAAACGGAACGAAACAAUAUCAAAGAAUAUUGAUCCUUUCUCUUCCGUUGUAACUGCUGAACCUUAUUUGCAGUUUUCCUUGAGACCAUGGACAGGGUUUAACAAACCUACUUAUCCACAUUUAAAUGGUGAUGAAUUUGUGUCACAAAUUUUUGAUCCGGUUUACAUGAGUUUACAAGAAGCAGAAGAACAAUUUGUUAAAAUGAGAGAAUCCAUUGAAUCCAACAAACCACCAGCUCAUAGAUUAGCAUCAGAGGCGUAUCCUGAAAUCACAUUUCUUGGCACUGCAUCUUCCUCUCCUAACAAAUAUCGUAAUAUCAGUUGUAUUCUUAUGCAAUUAGAUCCAGAUAACUACAUAAUGUUGGAUUGUGGAGAAGGUUCUUUAAGUCAACUAUACGCACUACAUGGUGUCGAAAAAGGAAAUAAUAUUUUGCGCAAACUUCGAUUAAUUCUUGUUACUCAUAUGCACGCUGAUCAUCAUGGUGGUGUCUUCACAGUAGCUCUAGUUCGUUCCAGUCUACUUAAAUCAGAUGGUAUUGACCAAUCCAAUUGUUUAUUACCUGUCCUUGCUCCAUCAGGAUUCUAUCAUUGGUUAGUUAAUUUCAAUGAACUUUUCCAUAAUGACCAAAUUGUCGACCCAUUCAUCAUACAAAUUCUUUACGAUGAACAUGAUAAGAAUUCAAAUCCUUCGUGCGCAUUAAACAUGAAACGAAACGAGACGGAAAAUUGGUUAAAAUUAUUAGAGCAGCUUGAUAUUAAUAUCCGACCGGUCAAGGUUCCACACACACGUUCAUCAUGGGCGUUUAUUAUUGAUAAACCUUAUCCAUUCAAAAAUUUAAUAAACGGUAAAAAUAUUGCCGGAAAUUGUUCUGAAACACAGCGAAAAUGGUCUAUUGUGUAUUCUGGUGAUACUCCUCCAUGUCCUGAACUUGUGAAAGCUGGAAAAAAUUGUGAUUUACUCAUACACGAAGCUACUGUAAAUGAUGAAUAUGUAGAUUUAGCACUCAAAGCAAAGCACAGCACAACGGGUCAAGCUAUUCAAGCUGGACGUGAUAUGAAUGCUUCAUUCAUUCUAUUGAAUCAUUUUAGUCAACGAUAUGGACGUGUACCACCAAUAGAUGAAUUUAAGCCAAAUGUGGCCGCAUCUUUUGAUUUUAUGACGGUGAAAUUUUGUGAUUUACCACGAUUACCCUACUAUAUUCCAUAUUAUCAGUAUGCAUUCGCUAAACAUUGGACCAUGGCUCGAACUAGAGCAGAUUCCUAUACAUAUCGUAAACUUCGUGAAGCUGAUGAAUUGUCUGAAAGUGGAGAUGUUCAUUAUGCAAAAACUGAUGAUGAUAUUGACGAUGAUAAUCGUUUAUUGAAUGAACAAAAUGUGAAAGGACAAAUUGGAGAAAAAUGAACACAACAGCAUAUUAUUUGAUUCCUGGUUGUUUCGUCGAGUUUUUUUCCUUUCCCUUGCAAUCGCAUCCUUGUAACUAAAUAGAUUGUUUCAGUUUUUCAUUACGUUAAAUUUGUUUUUCGUUCAUUAAGAUUAAAUAUCAUAUAUUCAUCACAUUAUUACACGUAAAAUAAACAAAGUUUUCUAAUC